CGAGGACGGAAGCCAUCAUUCUCUUUCCGUGUUUCUACUAACAUUAAUUUAGGGCACAGUCUGAGCCGAGUUACAUAAAGCGUUUGAGCAAGAGAGAGAGACCGAGGUGGUUGAGGGGCUUCACUUUCUUUUCAAUUUUCCGUGUCCAGAUAGAUAGUUAAACAAAUAAACUGGCCAUUGCUUUUGGGCAACUGUCAGUAUCUAAAUUUCGAGAAAGUCACUACUUCAUUGUUUUCUCCUGUUGAGCAUCACUAUCCUCGUGAUUGACAUUCAGAACUCUCUCUUACCUAUUCUUAACUUUUGUUACUAUUUAUGAUCCCUUAAUUGAGAAUCAUUCAAAUUGCAACUCCUUGGAGCCAUUCCUCAUGGAAAAUAUUCUAUCGAGAUUCUUACUCUGCAACUCCUUUUGGCCUCUCGUUGUGUCCACCUUUCCAUAUUUGUAUUCUUUCUUCUGCCAUUGCUUGUGCCUUCUGCGCUUCCAUCACAGUUGCCUUGCAAGCUUUCUUUAUAGAUACAUAAGAUGCCAAGGACAAGGGCAGGUGCUGCAGCCUCUCAUAAGCCAGAUGUAUCUGAAAAGCCUACCGAAUCUGAAGAGCAGGUGGACCUUGAUGGAUACAAUGAUCCUGAGGAGACAAUGGAAGAAGAGAUUGAGUAUGAAGAAGUAGAGGAAGAGGAAGAAGUUGAAGAGGUGGAGGAAGAGGAAGAAGAGGAAGAGGAAGAGGUAGAAGAGGAGGUGGAGGGAGACAGUGGAGACAAGGAGGCUGCCAAAGGAGCUGAUGCACAAAAUGGGCCACAUGGUGAUGAGGAGAUGAAGGUUGAUCAGGCAGAGGAGGAAAAUGACAGGAAAAAGCAUGCUGAGCUUCUUGCUCUUCCACCUCAUGGAUCUGAAGUUUACCUUGGUGGCAUUUCACACGAUGCCUUUGAAGAGGAUUUGAGGGGGUUUUGUAGGUCUAUAGGAGAAGUCACAGAGGUCAGAAUGAUGAAGGGUAAAGAUGCAAGUGGGUCCAAGGGUUAUGCUUUUGUGACCUUCAGAACCAAGGAGAUUGCUUCUAGGGCCAUUGAGGAGUUAAAUAAUUCCGAACUAAAGGGAAAAAAAAUAAAGUGUUCAACAUCUCAAGCAAAGCAUAGGUUAUUCAUUGGCAAUGUUCCCCGAAAUUGGGAUGAUGAAGAUUUGAAGAAGGCUGUAACGGACAUAGGGCCUGGAGUCAUUUCUGUGGAACUAUUGAAGGACCCACAGAAUUCUAGCCGGAACCGUGGAUUUUCUUUUAUCGAAUAUUAUAAUCAUGCAUGUGCAGAAUACUCGAGACUGAAGAUGUCUAGCCCAACAUUUAAGCUUGAAAACAAUGCCCCUACAGUGAGCUGGGCUGACCCUAAAAAUGCAGAAUCAUCUGCUGCUUCUCAGGUUAAGGCAGUGUAUGUCAAGAAUUUACCAAAAGACAUUACUCAGGAUCGUCUGAAAGGGCUGUUUGAACAUCAUGGAAAGAUCACAAAAGUGGUUAUCCCGCCUGCAAAAGCAGGACAGGAAAAAAGCAGAUUUGGUUUUGUUCACUUCGCAGAAAGGUCAAGUGCCAUGAAGGCAUUGAAGAAUACUGAGAAAUAUGAAAUUGAUGGCCAAGUUUUGGAGUGUUCCCUUGCUAAGCCACAAGCAGAUCAGAAGUCUUCUGGAUUACCGAGUUUGCAGAAGUCAACCUUACUCCCAAGCUACCCCCCUCAGGUUGGUUACAGCAUGCUUGGCAAUCCCUAUGGUGCAGUAGGUGCUGGGUAUGGUGCUCCUGGCUUUGCACAACCACUGAUUUAUGGUAGGGGACCAACUCCUGCUGGCAUGGCAAUGAUGCCAAUGCUUUUGCCGGAUGGAAGGAUUGGAUAUGUCUUGCAACAGCCUGGCAUGCAGCAGCCGCAUACCCCUCCACCACAGUCCCAGAGUGGCAGGAGUGGUGGCCGUGGUAGCUUGAGUGGUGGAAGGCGCAGCAAUGAGAGCAGCCGUGGGCGUGGCCGGUAUCACCCAUAUUGAUUUAGUCUCUUUUCUGCAACUUGAGUACUUGAGGUGAGCAGUUUUUAGCUUUACACCGAGACUCUGUCCACUGGAUCACGUCGAAGACAGUAGUAAUUUUAUGUGUAAUUUAUCAAAAAAUUGAUUGUGUAUUGUGUGUAUUCCGAUGCUUUUUGAAAUUGACAUUGCCUAAGGCUUUCUUGUCUUA